AUUUUAUUUAACAUUUUCUAAUCAAUCUUGGAAUAAUAAUAAUAAAAGAAUGAGCUUACGAUUACUUGGUACAAAAACAGUCUUACAACAAAAGCCAUUAACGGUGUUCAAGUUGCAAGCAUCGAGAUUCGGUACGAUUUCCUUGACGAAUUCAAUCAGUCAUAGUCAUACAUUAGCCAGUGAAACUACAAGUCGUCCUACAUUUCAAAUACCCAUCUGGCUAGAACCUUUCCUCUGGGCUGCACCAAAGAAGAAGACAUCCCAUUCAAAGAAACGUAUGCGUGCUUCUAAUAAAGGAUUAAAGCAAAAGGAGAAUAUAGCAGCUUGUCCUGCAUGUGGAAACAAUAAGCUUUUACAUCAUUUAUGUGGAAAUUGUUAUAAUGAUAUUAAAAAGAGGGCAAAGUCAAGACUUACCUUGGAUGCUUAAAGUUUAUUAUAAAAGGAAAUGAUUCCAUUUUGUGUGUGUGUGUGUGUGUGUGUGUGUGUGCGUGCGUGUGUGCGCGUGUGUGUAUAUAUAGUUAACUAAUA